GUUUGUGUAUGUACGUUGAGGGAAGAGCGUGUAGUUUCAUUGUACGCUCCGGUUUUUCUCUCUUGUGCAUUUUCCUAAAGAAGAUUUUUUCCCGAGCGAGACGUGAAAGAUCAGACGAUUCGAACGCACGUCUAAAAGCUUAAUCUACAUUAAAAUUAUACCUUUAUCAGUAUGGCCAUGCCUGCAGGAGGCGUCUUUGCUUGAGGGUUAUAUGCACACGUAUCCAAGACACACACACACGUACGAGAACGAAAACGAGAGUGAGCGCCGCUUUUAACGGCAGAAUGCCUACAGCAACCACAAGCUAUCAAAGACAUUGUCAUUGUCGAGAUUAAGAUCGGGGAUAUAACAUGACCAGCACCAUGUCGGCCAUGGAGUUGUUGGCCAAAGAACACAAUGAAAAGGCAGCGAUGCAGAACAGCGUGUCGCGUCAAGACUCAGGAAUGCCAGGUGACGAGGAGCUGUGCUCGCCCAUCGAUUGUCUCGCUGAGAGCGCUAACGUAACGCUGAACAUUAGCGAAUCCGUGAGCAGCACUAUCAACGACUCCAACACAACUCUCGACAGCGAGUGCAACAUCACGGUCAUUCACGUGCCACCGGCAAACGACAAAUCGAUCGACAAGUCGGUGCUGAUCACGGGGAACGGGGACGAGGGAACACCCGUGGCCGAGAACGACAAGAAGGACGAGGGCAAGGACAGCAAGGAUGGCAGCGAUAGCGGUGUCGAAGGUUGCGCGGUGGAAAUCCCGAGGGAGCAGAGACGAAACAGCGCGGAUUACGAGAGCAGCUGUAACGGCGAGGCAUCGUGCGACUCGAGCCUGGCGAGCUGCUGCUCGGUGUACGAGGACCCUUGUGCCACGCUACCCGACGACAUCCGCUUGAACAUCGAGCCUGCGAACGACAGUUACGUGGUCGUCGUUGCCCCCGUUGCUAAUGGAAGUGGCGGAGGCGGCGGUGGCGGCAGCGGCGGCGGCGGCGAGGGGACCAGUGAAGCCGGUAGCGAGAGCUCAUCUCUCGCCGGCAGCAUUUCCGCCCGGGUGCAGACCAGGCGAGAUAAUGCCAACGGGGGACCUAUAAAGAAGAGGAUUACCACGCAUGGCUCGUUUGAUUCGCAAAAGAGCCAACGACCGAGUAGACCAUCGAUGAGUAGCAUUGUUAACGGGACAACGGCAACGGGAGCUCGUGCCAAGCCAAAGACAACCACGCAACGAAAUACCCUCGGCAAAUCACAGAGUCUCAGCAGCAAAGAUCGAGGACGUUCGCGUGAGAAAUCCGUCAUUACGCCGAGCAAAGAAAUAAUAGAAUGUAAAACGAGGGACAGCUCGUUGUCUGGUGUACGAGGAUCAUCGGUGACGAGAAGUGCCAACUCGUGUAUGGCUAGCACCGCGGCUUCGAGAUCCAGAGCUAGACCGGACUCAUUACCGUCGGCACUCAUGACCGAGAUCAAUAAAGAUCUUGCCCAACGUGGACGAGGAGUUGCAGCGACGCGGCCUAGAGGAGGAUCAACGACACGAACGAGCACAAUGAGUACACGAACUCCAAGCUCCACACCUUCGGAAGAUGGUCGCAAGUCUUUGUCGUCGGCCCAUCGUAGCACGAGUUUAUAUGCUGGCCGAUUGGAUUUGAAAUCAGCUCGAAUAUUUGACAAAAUGACAUCGAGUGUGGAUGGUGUCAAAGCUCUUGAUACGUAUGGUACAUUGCCACGAUCAGCCAGGCAGGGUAAAUUUUCAAUCCCGAAAACCAGUGAUAAGCCACCGGUAAGCAGUCGCAGUCGAUCGGGUAGCCGUGACGCCAGUCUCAACAGGCUUCUUGGCCGAAAAGCUGUGAACAACUCGAAGGAAAAAGGAUUACCGCCUUAUCCUAAGUUAGCUGAAAAAACGAAAAUUUAUCACGAAACAUGCUCCCAAACUGGACUGACGGGUAAGGAUAUUGAUAAUUGUUUGGCUGGUGUGGUGACGAUUAUUCCAAAUCCCGAGAGUGUCGACACUUUGGAGGGAGAAAGCCAGACUGAAGGUAGUUGGGAGGACAUAAAACGACUCAAAGAGGAACUCAAAACGACGACCGAGGAAAAAAAUACGAUGAAUUUGGAGAACGAAAAAAUGAAAGCCGAAUUGGAGGACUUACGAAAAAAAUUGGUAGAAGAGAAGGCCGAUCAUGCAUUCGCCAGACAGGAGCUCGACAAAAAUGCGCAACGAGUGCUUGCUAUGUUGGGAACACCGCAAUCGGAACACACUGGUGGAAGUGAUAGCUUCUUAGAGCUAGAAUCUCAUAUACAAUCGUCGGGUCAAGUCGUCGCUAGUCAGCAAGUUGAAAUAGCUGAUCUGCAAUCGCUUUGUAGAAUGCUAAGCAGAGAUUUAGAGAAAAGUUUGGCGGCGCAAAAAGCAUUACUCCAGCAACAGCAAGAACUUGAGGCUGAGUCAAUCGAGAUGCAAGACUUUUUGCAAGAGGAAAAAGCAACACUGGAGACAGCACUGAAGGAGGCUGAAAUAGAAUCGAAAAAGAAAGACGAGAAAGUCAAGCAACUGACAUCGGAGCUCGAGCAACAAACGGAGGAGUGUAAGCAUCUUGUGAGGAUCAGCGAGCAAAGAAGACAAGAAAAUCUGUCACUCAGUAUGAAAUUAAGUGCCGUUGAAAGACGAAGCAAAGAACUCCUACUCGCUCAGGGAGCGGCUGCUUCCGGCGCUUCAGUGGCUCUUUCUGGCUUGGGUAGCCGAUUAGAGGCUCUCGUCGAUCAGCUUAUUAUGUCCUACAAUAUUUCUCAAAAGGAUCUUGAAGAUGUUAUUUUCCAUAACGAAGCAUUUAGUCGAAGCAACAGCAGUGUUGAGUCGAGCCCCGUUAGUUCCAAACAUAGCUUAAAAGACUGUACACCGAGCCCAAAAAGAAAUUCUUUCGUUUCUGCCGUUAUAGGCGCAAUAAAAAAUGCAGCCACGCAUCCGUUUGCGACAAAACAAACUAACGAUAAGAAAUCUGCGGAUUCUUCCAAAGCAAUACAAAAAGACUUGAGUUUAGAAUCUUCGUCCGACAUAUUAGACUUUGAGACAGAGCCUUGUCUCAUGAUGGAAAGCGUUUUAGAAGAUGUUCCUUUACCAGACACUUAUUCGCAUAAUAUGGUAUCUAGUUGUGAUUCACUUAGACGAGUAAUAAGUGUUCCUGAGGCUGUAGAUGAGAGUAAUCUUAGAAAGACUAAAAUGCACGGUGAAUCUAGUAGCUUAACUAAUUUAUCACAAGCUAUACUUAAUCGACGCAAGGUUGAAGACGAAGAGGAAGAUAUUUGCGAGUCAGUGAGUGAAUCAGAAAUCGGACCGUCCGAAUGUCCACUACCACUGACUGAUUACUGUCCAACCACUAGUCUAGUUGAUCAAGUUAUCGACGUUGACAAUCUCGUAACGAAGCUUUUGAAAGUUUUACGUAUUAUACAGCUUGACAAUGACACGUGUAUUCAAGAAUUGAAAGAUGAAAAAGCUGAGUUAGAAAUGAGACUAGAAAUUUAUCUGGCUGAGAGAAAGGCUGUAGAAAGUGGACAAGAUUACGAUAAGGAGAAUAUGAGUUAUGGCAUUAAUGAUCAAACAGUUGUAAUCGAGAACUGUAAACAUGUGAUAAGCGAGCUAACUAACACAAAGGAAUUGAUUGACGACGGCCAAAUGGAAAAAAGUAUGUAUAUUUCAGAAGAGUCGAGAAAUGAAAGUCAAAAUGCAAAUCCGACAAUUCUUCUUUCAUCAAGUGCGUGCUCUUAAACUAUAGAAAUUUAAGAAAACUCUAUUUUUAUCCAUUGAUGAGUCAAUUUCCUUCUUCUGAUCAAUAAUUUAUCAAAUAUACUCUGCAAUUAAAUAGUCUAUUAUUACCAGUAAAAGAAAAACCUAACAGAAAAAGUAUCGAAAGUAUAAUAAUAUAUUUAAUUGAUUGUAAAAUAGUAUAUAACAAAAAUUAUAUUCAUUCUAUUAAUUUUUUUCAACAAUUUCUGUGAAAUUAUAGGAGUACAAAAGCGACAUAUUAAUGAACUUAAGAAGAAAGAUUGCAAUGUGAUUGUUUCCGCUAAGUAUAAACAAAAUGCCAGUGAUCAAAUGGGUAGUUGUAUAUAACGAAAUGUUAGGGAUUUUACUAUGUAAGCUGACUAAAAAAGUUUAGAGAGACGUUGAAGCAAGAUGAUGUUAUUUAUGAUGGCUUACGAAAAAAUGUUAUUAAAAAAGCAAUUUCUUCAUUCAUUUAUUGAUGAAAAUUAAAAAAAGUAAAACGAGCUUCCCUGCUGAUUCUUCUGUGAAACUUUGCUAGUAUCGCUUCAUCUAAUAUAUGUAGCAAACGUUUUUAUCGAACUAACUUUGGACGUUUUUCGCUUGUUUCGUACGCUUUAGCUGUACAGAGAACUGAAUGUUUCAUUUAUAGCAGCGUUAUGACGACACACCUGUUCGCACAGGCUAAAAGUCACUUUAUGUAGCGUCCGACGAGCUUUCAUUGUUGUACAGCUGAAUUAUAUCAUUAUAGAAUAUAUUAUAUCAUUUUUAUACAAGUUGCAUAUACCAUGUCAGCGUACUAAAAAGAAAAAAACAAAAGAAAUAAAUAAGGUUGUACCAAAUCGACAAAGUCGGCUGGUGAUCGAUUGAUAUGUAACUAUUAAUUUUUAAAAAAGAAAUACAUUUUUUU